AUGAAAGCAAGGAUUAUUACAGAUUCUCUAUCAUCAACAUCAUCUUCAUCCUGUUCACAAAGUUAUUCACCCUCUAAAAAUAGAAGAAUCAAAAGAAAAAAAAAGCAUGAUAAUUUCUGGUGUUUAUCACUACCAACAAUUGAUUCAAUGCAAGGAUUUGAAGAAAAUAAUCAAGAUAUUUUUAAAAAUACAAAUAUUUCAAGAAUUCAUAUUGAUGAUUGUCCUAUUAAUAAUGAUAUAUUAGAAAAAAAAAAUAAUCUUAAUAUGAUAAAUUUAACAAAAGUUGAAGAUUAUAGUCUGGAAUCUCCAAAUCACUCAUCAAUCAUGUUACCUAAGGAGAGGUUUAAUAAAAAAAAUGGAAAUAUUAAAAAAAGGAAGUGGUUCUCGACUGGUAAUUUAUUUUAUACAAAAAGUAAUAGUGAUGUAAGUGAUAACCAGAUAACCUCACCUAGAAUGAUGAUAAAAAAUAUGAAAAAAGUGUUUACAAUGUCUAAAAAAAGUAAGGAUAUGAAAAUUGGAUUUAAAAAAGAUAGUAAUUAUCUUUAUAAGGACAAUCCUGAUACACCAGAAAAUAUUGAAUAUAUUAAAAAAUAUGAAAGAAAUUCAUUGACAAAUGAAGAAGAAAAAACAAAAAAAAAUGAACGAAUUAGUAAUAACAAAGAUGAACAGGAAGUUUCUACUUUUAUUACUGAUGAAGAGGAAAUCUACGUCACAUUCCGCCUCAAUAUUACAUUACAUUCAGGAAUAAAUUUAGCUAAACGGGAUGCCUGUGGAAGUAGUGAUCCAUACAUUAAAUUUAAAUAUAAACAAAAAAUAAUUUAUAAAAGUUGUGUUAUGUAUAAAAAUUUGAAUCCUUUUUGGAAUGAAGAAUUUUCUUUUCUUAUUCAAGAUCCAACAGAAGAUUUAUAUGUUGAUUGUUAUGAUUAUGAUAGAUUUAUGAGUGAUGACUAUAUGGGGGGAUGUGUUAUUAAUCUUGCUUACCUUACUUUAUCACAAAAUUAUGAUUUAAAAUUAGAAUUGGAGGAUAAAAAUAAUUCUAAUCCUGAUGAAGAAUUAGGUUAUGUAACUAUAAGUAUAAAAAUUGAACCAUUAACAAAAAAAGAAAAAGAUAUUUUUUUAGAUAAAGCUACACGUGGUGUUUUAACACCAAUUAAACAACCAUUAAAAACAUUAAAAUAUCAACAAAUAUGGAAUGCUGUAUUAAAUAUAGUUCUUGUACAAGCUAAUUUAAAUCCAUUAUUUUUACCAUCAAAUUGUGGUAAACCAUCACCAUAUGUAAAAUUUAGACUUGGAAAUGAAAAAUAUAAAAGUAAAGUUGUUGGACAGACAUAUGAACCACAAUGGUUAGAACAAUUUGAUUUACAUAUAUAUGAUGAAGAAAAUCAUGAUUUAGAAAUGUCUAUUAUUAAUAAAACAACAAAUACAAUUUUAGGAAAUGCUUCAAUACAAUUAAAUAAAAUUAUUAAAGAACAAACAAAUGAGAUGUGGAUAGAUUUAUUUGAUGAUAAAGGAUCAAUAUUAUUAUUAAUUUCAAUAUCAGGAUCAUAUGUAACAACAAGAUCAAUUGACAAAGUAGAUGAAAUGGAUACUGAAAAUAAUGAAAAAAUAGAACAAUAUAAAUUAUCAAAAACACUUGAUAAUAUUUUUGAUAUUGGUUAUUUAACAAUAAAAGUAUUUAAAGCUAAAAAUUUAGCUGCACUAGAUUUAAAUGGUAAAAGUGAUCCUUUUGUUGUUGUUGAGUUAGAUAAUUCACGUCUUCAAACUCAUACAGAAUAUAAAACAUUAAAUCCAGAAUGGAAUAAAUUAUUUACAUUUAAUGUUAAAGAUAUUCAUUCAAUUAUUUAUUUUACAUUAUAUGAUGAAGAUCCUAAUAAGAAGACAGAAUUUCUUGGAAAAAUUGGUAUACCAUUAUUAUCAAUAAAAAAUUGUUCCAAAAGAUGGUAUGGAUUAAAAGAUGAAGAUCUUCGACAAAGAGUUAAAGGUGAAAUAUAUUUAGAAAUGGAUAUUAUAUGGAAUCCAAUUCGUGCAGCAAUCAGAACAUUUAAUCCCCGUGAAAGAAAAUUAAUCUCUAAACAAAAAAAAUUUCAAAAAUCAAAAUUAAUGAGAGAUAUAAAUAUAUUAAAAAAUUAUUAUAAAAUUAUAACAGAGAUGUCUGAUACAAUAACAAGAAUAUUUAAUUGGGAAAAUUAUAUAAAAAGUUUUGUAGCAAUGAUUAUUUUUAUUGUUACUGUUUAUUAUAUAGAACCAUACCAUUUACCAUUAAUUAUUGUAGUAAUAUUAUUAAAAAAUUAUAUGUAUAUUAAGGUAAGAAAAAGUAACAAUUUUUAUAGUAAUUUAUUGAAUACAUCAAAUUAUUCAUUACCAAUUGGUAAUAAUUUUAAUAUUAGUGGACAAGAAUUUUUAGAACAAGAUAUUGAUAUACAAGAAAAUAAUACCAGUCCAACAGGAAGUAGUGGAAAACAAAAAGAAAAUGUUGUUACAACAUGGAAAAAUACAGUUUUUUCUCUUGGUGAUAAUUUAGUUAUCGUUCAGGAGGCUCUUCAUUAUAUAGUAUCAUUAAUAGAAAGAAUUAAUAAUACAUUAAAUUAUAGUGUGCCUUAUAUAUCUAUUCUUGCAACAAUAUCACUAGGAGUUGUAACAAUAAUAUUAUAUUUUAUACCAAUAAGAUGGAUUGUAAUGUUAUGGGGAAUAAAUAAAUUUACCAAAAAACUUCGUAAUCCACAUUAUAUACCAAAUAAUGAAUUAUUAGAUUUUCUUAGUCGUGUACCAUCAGAUAUAGAGAAGGAAAUGUUUUCUGAAUUUGCCAUUAACCAACAUCAGUCAGAUGGAAAAAAAUAG